AUUUGACUAAAUCAAAAAGGAAACGAAAGCCAGUUUGUAAAAGAUGUACGCCCUACUUAAUAAAUAAAAUAUUAUAAGCAUCGAUAGUAUCACUAAUUCAAAAUUGUAGAAGUUGAUAUUAUUAUUUAUAGCAAUUUCAUCAUUGGUUGAUGGUUGGUCAAUUAUUGACAACUAGGCCUCACACAUUUUGUUGAUAAUAAUAAAGACGUUCACUGGAACGAAAUUGAAUAGUUUCGUAGAUUUUAGGUAUACUUUUGGAGGUGUGUUUCAUUUAUGAAAUUUUGAUUGGUUUUCAUUGUGACCUUGUGGCUUUACAAUUCCUCUAACAAAGCUCGCAUUCGAUAAAACUACCUUUCGUCAACCUACACACUGGCGUAAAGUACGGUAUAGGCUACUACUACUGUCAUAUCAUUUGCAACUGCAACUUCGCUAAAUAUUAUAAGCAAUCAUAAUGCAGUCGUACCUCAGGAUUUCCUCUCAGGUAUGUUCAAAUUAUGUUGUUUUUAUUUUGUGGAAAAUGUACUAUUAAAUUACUAUGACUAUGUUAACUAUGUAACAUGUAAAAAAACAAUUUUUAAAUAUAAUAAUAUAAAUAAUAAUAAUAGUAAUAGUCUAGACCUAGGCUAGGCUUUCUAGGCCUAGACCUAAAAUUACCACUUUAAUUAUGUAAUUUAACUUAUUACUAAUUACGGCCUAAUUAACUAAUUUCUAACUUUAAUAGGUAGGCCUACUAAGUAUAGCCAAUUUUUGUAUGAUUUUGAAGUAUGAUGUUCAUUAUCAUAUAAAUUAAAUAUAAUAUUAUCAUUGAUGAUUGUAUUUAAAAUUUAUUGUUGUUGAAGUACUGAGUACUGUACUGUAAAUUAGUAAACAGUACAGUAGGUCAGUAGGCCUAUCAUUACUGACAUUACUUAUACUUUAUUUUAAAAUACUUUAGCUAUGCCUCAUUGUCAUUAUUCAUUGUACGAAUUUGUAGGCUAAUCGUUAGGCUAUUUAAUGAACAACUAUUUUUACACUUGUCUUAAACUCAACAGCAAAUUACUGCACUGAUAAGCCCAUGAUCAUUCAUUUCAUUAUAAUUUUAUCAACUACUCACCAUCUGAAUGUCAGUGUCAUUAAACUUUUAACUCAAGUUAAAGUUAAAGUUAACUAGCUAGGUUAACUGAAGAUUUAAAAUUUUAAAAUUUUAAGCAUCACAAUUAAUAAGCCUAGGAAUAACUAACAAUAUUUUAAAAGAAAAAUUAUCGUGAAUGGAUUAGAAUUAUUUUAAAAAUUUUUAUUCAUUUCAAUUCUCAAUUGUCAUGAAUUGUUCAUAGUCUCAACUCUAGUUUUUAACCGAAAUAAUAAUAUAUUAUAAAUGAAUUAUAGCCUACUCAAUGUGAUAAUUUCAGGAAAUUAAUUUAUUAGUUAUAGCUAUACUACUACUAAUAAUAAUAGUAAAAAUAAGAUGGCCGAAGUUUUAUGAAAAAAAUUAACUGAAUUUAAAUUGGACAAAAAAAAAUGAUGCAUGAAUUUGAUGAAUUAAAUUCUUGUAGCAAUUUUAAAGUUCUUGAAAUUACAUAAAUGGUACAGGAUUGGUAAGCUUUUUUUUAAAUAUUAAAAACACCCACCAUUCAGGGCACCAAAAAGAAACAAAACAAUUAAGGACAGGACUUAUGGCAGCAGUAAAAAUUUGGUUAAGAAGACAGACAUUUUGAUGUUUUCCUCUUAACUCUCUCCUUCCCUCCAAUUCCAUACAAACUUCCUCCUACUAUCACCCUCUCACACCUCAAACCUCCACUCUCUCAUCACAUUGUUCUCCAUUCCCCAGCAACUCUCUGAUCAAAUGUACUCAACACUUAUCCCUUCCCCACUUAUCCAUUACCCCUUCCCCACUUAUCCCUCACCCUUUCCCCACUUAUCCCUCACCCUUUUCCCACUUAUCCCUCACCCUCUUCCCCACUUAUCCCUCACCCUUUUCCCCACUUAUCCCUCACCCUCUUCCCCACUUAUCCCUCACCCUUUUCCCCCUUUAUCCCUCCCCCUCUUCCCCCCUUCUCCCUCACCCUUUUCCCCCCUUACCCCUCACCCUUUUCCCCACCCCUUCCCCACUUAUCCCUCACCCUUUCCCCCCUCAUCCCUCACCCUUUUCCCACUUAUCCCUCACCCUCUUCCCCACUUAUCCCUCACCCUUUUCCCCACUUAUCCCUCACCCUCUUCCCCACUUAUCCCUCACCCUUUUCCCCAUUUAUCCCUCACCCUCUUCCCCACUUAUCCCUCACCCUUUUCCCCACUUAUCCCUUACCCUUUUCCCCACUUAUCACUCACCCUCUUCCCCACUUAUCCCUCAUCCCUUCCGUACUUAUCCCUUACCCUUUCCAUCCAACUGCUCUUCAUAGAUUCUGCUUAUUAAGUCUAUAUUAAAAUACUUCACUUGUGUUUAGCAAAAUGAUUAUAUUGAUGUAGAUCAGGAAAUGCUUAAUGUGUUGUUGUAUGUAAUCUCUCCUCCCAACCCCCCCCCCCCCACUUCCGCUCAUGGCCAAGGUGGUCAGUCUGUCCACCAUGGCAGAGAGACUUAAAUGGAUAAUAAUAAUGUUAUAAAAAACUAGAGGACUCACAUAAUUGCAUAUAAUGUCUCACUGCUUUAUAAGUCAAAAUUGAUGAUUACAUUCACUUUUAGUUGUUGAUUUAGUAUUUUCCUUCAUAAUAGUCAGUUAUUGAGCAAUAGUCAAUAGCCCAUGAGUUCAGUAAUGGACCAAUAGUACACUCAUAAAUACAAGUUGAAAUUUUUUACUGGUAAAUAAAAAAAUAAGUAUAUAAAAUAACUGUUAUAAGAAAUUUAAAAUUUACACAAAAUUGUUCUCUUUCAAUUGGAAGUAUUAAGAUGCUCUAUGAGGAGAGAUUAUACAAAUUUUCUUAUGAUGUAUUCAAUAUUGACCUUCUAAAUAACACACUACUAUUGUUACAGUGAUAUGAUUAAACUAUUUUCCUUUUUAAGUAUUAGCGAAUGAAAAUGAGCUUAUAUUAAGAUACCCAGUGUUUUGUCUUGGUACCAUGUUGAUAAAUAGUAAUUGGUUGCUAAAAAUUAUAUAAAUUAUAAAUAUUUCUUGUUCCAGAGUGUUAAGUCCUUGUUGAUGAGUCGGUCCUAUGCGUCAGCAUCAGGAUUGAAAGUAGGUGAUGCUAUCUAAAAUUAUGUCUCAGAUAUCAAAAGUUGGUUAUUGAAUAACCAAGGUAUAGAAAUUAUUUACACUUUUCUCAAUUAACUUAAUUAAAACUGAUUUAUUCAGUCAUUUGUAAGUGGAAUAUCAUAAAUAUUUUAUUUUUUUGUAUAUAUAAAAUUUUGGUAAUUCUCUUUUUAAUAAACAAUGAUGCCAUGCUUUUAAAACACUAGUAUUUAUUGUAUUACAUUCAUAUAUCUAUAAAAAGCAAUAUCUUAGUUUGUUAUAAAAACAAUGUUUCUAUCUUUUUAAGUUUUCAAAAUAUAAUCAAGUUUCUAAUUUCUUAGUUUAUUAUAUUUGUUGGUAUUCUUUUCAGUUGUUUUAGUUUUUUAUUAAUGCUCAUGUUCAUUAUCAGUUUUAUUUACCAAAUGAGCCAAGUUCUUUUCAUAUCUUUUGUAAUGUAAAUUUUCUUAAAAAUUGGGCCUAAAAAUUCUUCAUGUCAAAACAUCAUUUUAGGAACAUGUUGACUUUAGAUCAUUCAUCACUGAAAAUGUGUAAACCAGCUCUCUUUAGUACUCCUAUAAUCUAUUUUCUUUCAAUCCUAGUGAUGAGACUAUCAGACCUGAGUGCUUUCCUGCACUGAUUAUCUUAUUUUUUAAGGGAUGUCCUAAAGAUAAUAAAAUCUGAUAAGUAUUUGUGUAAUACACUUUGAAACAGCAGUUUUCUCUAUCCUCAAGCAUAAUUUGAAACAUUUGGUUUGACUGUUUAUCUUGUGCUUCUUUAGUUGUGUGUGUGUUUGUGUUUUUCAAUUUCUUAAAUAAAACAGAAUUGAUUAUGUUUACAUAUUAAAUCUUUCUUAUUUGAACUGCUCAGACUGAUCCACAUGAAACUCUUGAGAUUUUGGUUUGAGUUCAUGCAGACAAAUGAGAUGAACUCACCUUCGUUUGACUUUCCUACUCAAGUUUUUUUUUUUUCUAAUUUCUAGUUAGAUUUUACUGUUAACCUGAGUAGACUAGACAUUUCUUUUAAAACUAUAUUUGCUUAAUUUUAAAUGUUUUAAUAUCAAAUACUGUCACCAAAUUGCUAAUACUUAACACAGCCUCAUAAAGUAGACUAUUUUGGUUAUUGUAAAUAGAAAUUUCUGGUUUAAGCAAUUAUUACACACUAUUCUUCAUUGCAACCAACAAAUACUGUUUUUGUUUUGUUUUUGGUUUAAAAAAAAAAUAUUCACCUUGCACUUGCUUAGUCUUCACCAGUAUAAAAACUGCUGUUAUAAAUAAUCUUAUUUUUCUUCGGGUGACACACAUUGUCAACUGUCAUUUCAGUAAAGAGUAUUUGCAAUGCAUUACAAAAAAAGCAUAAAGCAUUUUUCAGAUUGAGGAAGAUUUUCAAAUCUAUCUUCUAAAUCUUCUUGCUUAACAUUUUUAGCAUAAAUAUGUUUUGUGAAUAGACCAGACCCACCUCCUGUAAGAUUCCAUGUUUACCAUUUAAAGUCAAUUGUAAUGUAAUAAAUAAUGGAUGAGAAAAUUAUUAUUUUGUUGUGUUUUGUUUACUCUAUAGGAGGUAGUCAUUGUUAGUGCGGUUCGAACUCCCAUAGGAUCAUUUCUUGGGUCUUUGUCAUCUGUCCCUGCCACCAAACUUGGAGCUGCAGCAAUCAGUGCAGCAGUUCAAAAAGCAGGUUGGGUUUAAAAAAAAUUUAAUAAUUUCAUUGUUAUAGCCACUACAGCCUACUUUCCAUAAUUGUAAUCUUGUUGAUUACUGAUUUUAUUGUUAAAAUUUUGAUAAUAAAUCAACAUCUUUGCUGAUGCCAUUUAAACACUGAAUUUAUGUCGGCUAUAAAGUCAUGACUUGUUUUUUUAUUUACAUUAUUUUAGUUGACAAAUGUUGACAUGAAUAACUUUACUAUAAGUGUCCCUCCUCACCCUCAUUUCUGCAAAGACAAAACACUGAUAACAUUCUUUCUAUCUUGCAGGAAUUGCGCCUGAUGUUGUGAAUGAGGUGUACAUGGGAAAUGUUCUUCAGGGAAGACAAGGUCAAGCCCCAAGCCGACAAGCAACUCUUGGUGCUGGUGAGUUUAAAAUUGUUCAGCUUGUAAUAUAUUUUGUUGACAAUAAUAGUAAUAGAGUUCAUAUUGGUAGCAUGUCAAAAAGUGUGACUAAAAUAGAGUUUGUUUGCCUAAAAAAAUGUGAAGUGACAUUAUUUAACCUUAUCAUUUAAAGAUGUUAAAAAAAGUAUUCUGAACUUUGUUUUUUUUUUAAAAUGCAGUUAAAUAAUUUUGUUAUAUAGAAAUAAAUAAAAAAUCCAAUAACUAUUUAUUUUUUAGGUCUUCCCAUUACCACCCCAACAACCACAAUCAACAAAGUUUGUGCGUCUGGCAUGAAAGCCAUUAUGUUGGCAUCACAAAGCCUCAUGUGUGGUCACCAGGUCAGUUCAUCAAUUCGUAAAUUUUUAUUUUUAUCAUGAUCUUCAUAGAUUAGUGAUAUAGCAUUUUAAACUCUUCACUAUUAAUAUACACUUUAUAAAAUGCACCUGCAGGUUUUGCACAGUCUUUGAAGGUUUGGGAAAAAUAUAUAAAAAAUUCCAGUGUCCUGAAAGUUUACGAAAAUUGACCAAAAAAAUCAUGGUCUUUGAAAAUUAAAAAAAAAAAAUAUGAAAGAAAAAAACCCAAUAUGUUUUCAUUUCUAAUGAUCCAUAACCUUGCAAGAAAGAAAUUUGUUGAUAGGUCAGUAGAUUUCUUUAAGCCAAUCAAAGAGUUGUUGAAUUUUGCCUAGCAGCUAGGAUGAAAUACACUUUGUAUCUGGAAAAGCAGAAAGGAAAAAAAACUUGAGUAAAAAACAACAAAAAACACGAGAUAGAUAAAGUGCAGGAAACAGAUGUAACCAGUCUAGUUAUAGGGACUUCUCUUUUCUCUGUGCUUCAAAUGCAUUUAGGAAAAGGCACCAGAAAGGGAGAAAGAAGCUUUUAACCUCCAAAAACUUAUUGAUGACAAAGAGGGAGGCUUACAGUAAAAAAAAAAAAGUGAAAUAUUUUUAAUGUAUUAAAUGAUAUAUUAUUUAUGUAACUAUUGAAUUGGGACUGUUAGAAUAAAUCAAGCUGAACACAUUUUUUUCAUAGCUGCAGGACACAACUGGUCCGCCAGGAUAUUGUGGAAUAUUUUGUCUAGGACAUUACCAGUUGUCUGUGCCUGGCAGUUCAUCAUGAUCACUGUGUCUGUGCCUAGUGAUUUACCUGAUUACUAUGUUUCAACUAUUAAUUCAAGCAACAACUUACUUUUGAAUACUAAGCUGAAUAAAAUGUAUAUAAGAUUUUACAUACUUUGUGUUAGUUUUCCAAGAAAAUAAAAGAUGAGCUGGCUUUUAUAUAUAUAUAUAUAUAUAGUGUGUAUACUUUAAUGUGAUAAAGAAUUUAUAUCUAUGCUAUAAUUAGUUGUUUUUUUACACUUUAGAGUAUGAUAAUAAAUAGGUCUUUGAAUUAGAAAAAAAAAAGUCUUUUUUAAGGUUUGUGAAAAGUUUAUGAAUUCUGGACCUUGAAGUCUGAACCUGAUUGUUAACUGUGUAAAUAUGUAGGAUCUAGUCUUUUAUUUAAAAAGACAUCUACAGUGUAAAAAUGUAGGAUCGAGGCUUUUUUUAAAAGACAUGUCUCUAUCCAUUAUGUGACAUCAUUCCUCAUGUCUCUGUAUUCAUUAUGGGACAGCAUCCCUCAUGUCUCUAUAUCCAUUAUGUGACAGAAAUUCCUGAAGCAUUCAUGUUUGUUUCUUAUCUCCAGGAAGUUAUGGUGGCUGGAGGUAUGGAGAGCAUGUCUAAUGUUCCAUUUUAUCUCAAGAGAGGAAAUCUACCAUAUGGUGGGAUCAACCUAGAGGUUAGUUAACAAAAGCUAUCUGAGUGUUCUUUAGCAGAGAGAACCAUGUGCAUGUGAUUCUUGUCUAGCUUAAAAAUAAUGUCUAACAGACUCUCAAUAAUCUUAGCUACCCUAAAUCUCAUUUCAAGUUUUUAAGAAAAUUUAAAUAUAAAUAAAUGCAUCUCAUUUGCCUGGGACAUUUCCUCAUUACCAUCUAAAUACAACAUAAGCAAAAAAUCAUAAUUUUAUAAAUGAAGGAUUUGUUGUUAUUAGCAUUUAAAAACUCAUAAAUUGGUAAUCAGCAAAACAUUUAUUGUUUUCACAUUUCUCCUUUUUUUAAAAAAAAAAUUAUUUGAUAUCAUCCCUGAUAUAUAAUGAUAAAUAUUUCAACUAUAAUAGAGAAUUAAUAUAUUUAUUUUUAAUUUUAAACUCAUUUGUACAUGUGCUUGAGCUUUCAUGUUAAAAAAAAACAACACAAAUUAACAUUCUCAAGCAAGUCCUGGUCUCAACACCAAUAUUGAAGAAUUAGUCGUUAUCAAAAAGCAACAUUACAUCAUGGGGUAGUUAUCCAAAUAUGGAUUAUUAAUGAAGUAAGCAUGUCUGUAGGUCAGUGGUUCUCAACCUUCCUAAUGCCACGACCCUUUAAUACAGUUCCCAUUGUAGUGGCAACCCCCAAACACAAAAUUAUUUUCGUUGCUACUUCAUAACUAGAUUUCAUGUGUUUUCCGAUGGUCUUAGGCGACCCCUGUGAAAGGGUCGUUCGACCCCCAAAGGGGUCACGACCCACAGGUUGAGAACCGCUGCUGUAGGUGUAUUGGUCGGCACUUUUAAAAAAAAAAUUAUAGUCCAAAAUUCUUGAAUAUAUAUGCAUUUGAUGAGACCCUUCUUCUCUGUAUGGAUAUCUGCUAAAAUAUAAUCUCCUAAAUCUGACCAAACCCUGUCCCCUUCCUCAGUGGGCAUACAAUAUAGAUUAAUAUAUCAAAAUGGAUUGAUCACACUUUGUAAUUUUUAAAAAUUAUUCAAUUUCCUCGGCUGUGGAACAAACAUUAGUUGUUAUUAGUUCCCAACAAUAGUCAAUUUUAAUCUGCAUAGAAGCCUAUACAAAUUCUGCUUCAUUUUAGUUAACACAUCAAUGGUUUUCUCCUCUACAGGAUGGUAUUGUGUUUGAUGGACUGACAGAUGUAUACAACAAAUUUCAUAUGGUACAUAUUUCCAGUGUUUUUACGUAAUUUACUGUUACAUAUACUAAUUUACUUACAUAAAUAUUUGAGAAAUUUUUAUUCUGCCAUUUCUUGUAAAAUACUUUACUUUAUUGGCGUCCCAAACCUUUCAAUCUGGUUUCAUUAGACUUUCAUUCUGGUUUCAUUGGACUUUCAUUGGAUUAGAUCAGUGGACUUUAACAUUUUUAUGUUGUGGAUAAUUUUAGUCUAAACUUUGAAAGCAGAAUUUCGAUUGAAAAUGCACAUUUUUUAAAUAAAACAAAUGACUUGGAUAUGAGAUACAUCCAAACAACUGAAUAUGAUAGAUUAACCAUUAAUUUUGGAAAAGCAAAAAUGGAACUACUUGUCUCCCUUUGACAUUUUAGUAUUUAAGAAAAAAACAUCAACCUGAAAUGUACAUUAGAAUGCAUGGGAAAUUUUAUCUUCUUGAAACAUAGCUUCUUGUUUAUUUAUGAAAUCCUGGAGUGUGUGUAUUUAUUUAAAAAGUGUGCAAUUGAAUAGGUGUAAAAAUUUAAAGAUUUUUUAAACAUAGAUGUGAUUAUUGCAUAUUAUUUAAAUUUAAAAAAUUUUAAAAUCUUGUCAUUGUAGGGAAAUUGUGCUGAAAACACAGCAAAGAAAUACAAAAUCAGCAGAGAAGCACAGGAUGAGUUUGCUGUGAGAAGUUACAAACUUAGUCAAAAGUCAGCAGCAGAUGGAGUCUUUGCUUCAGAAAUCAUUUCGGUCGAGGUUCCCCAAAGAAAAGGUAGCCUAUCCAAAAAUUAAUUAUUAAGACAUUUUCGUGAGUUGGGAAAUUCAUUACAUUUGAAAACUUAAUAAUAUCGGGGAUUAUCAAUAUGUGGUUUUAAAUUAGUAUUGAAUCAAAUGUUUCGGUUUUAGUGCAUUCAGAGAUGAUCACUGUUGUUAUUAUUUUGGUUUCAGGCGAUCCCAUUAAAGUGACAGAGGAUGAGGAGUAUAAGAAAACUGACUUCAGCAAAUUUAAGACCCUAAAACCUGCCUUCCAAAAAGAAAAUGGUCAGUUGAUUGACUUGAAACAAAAACAAGAAAUAGUUCCCUUGACAUAUUUCUUUUGACAUCAGUGUUGUUGUUUUUGGUCCUUCGCAUGCGAAGAUGACCAGUGCAAUUUUUUUACUUGAGUAGUAGCCUUGAAUUAAGCCCUAUUUUGUUUCAAGUGAAGGAGAGUUGCUAAAUUUGUCACCCUCAUGCUCUUGUCCUUGUCUACUUGACAAAAUGGCAAGACUUAGUCAAGACAACUGGAAAUAGACCAGGAUGCAGUAGAUGACCAGCAACGUGUGUGUCCCAUAAUACCUACAGGACUCAUCUCUGGGACUCCACCUCUGGGUUUGAUUUCAGAGUUUGUCCUCUCUUAGAUGAGUUGCCAUCUAAGGCUAGUGAGUCCCAUUCACCUUCUAGUGGUGUUUUUGCUUCUCGGGGCAUUUUCCAGUCCACUAACUAAACAAAGUAAUAAGGUUAAAGCUCACAUGUUUUUAAAUGAUAGAGUGACUCUUGCCUUGUUAUUGCUCCUGUUCUCCCUGUUAUUUUUAUAUGCAAAACUGUUUGCUUAACAAGCAAACAAUAAUAAUAAUAAUAAAGUGUAUUUCAAAAACACGCUUCAUCCCCAAAGGCUCGAUUCAUUUUAUUAUUUGGGGUUUAAUUUAACUCAUUAAUUGGUAUUUUCUGCUCAAUUAGAGGAUUGAUUUCAAAUUUUUAAUCCAUUUCAUUGAAAUAUCUUUUCAAAUAGUUGAAGAAAGUGUUGUUUUUUCCUUCAGGCACCGUGACAGCUGCCAAUGCCAGCACAUUGAAUGAUGGAGCUGCCGCACUUGUUCUGAUGACAGCAGAAGCUGCCAAGAAAUAUGGGGCCAAACCCUUAGCAAGAGUUGUUGGUAAGAACUUGCACAAUGCAAAUGACAAUAGAAAUGCCUUUUUUCCUUUAUGAGAAUAAACCAGUCAGUAGGAUAUCAAGGAUUUGAUCUUUUUGUUUUAAAACUUGAAAAAUGAGGAAUACUAACUUUACUUCCUACAUUUAUUUUGGAGUGGAAGAGUUUCGAGUUAAAAAUAACACCUUCUAUACAUCCUAUCCUCUUCAUCACAGGUAGUCAGCUAAGUCAUGGCAAAUUCUUUCUUAAUGUUAGGACUGAAAGAUAUAAAAAUUAGUAUAAAAAAUAGUAUGUUCCCUAGUCUAUGCGAAUUUAACAGCUUACUCCUCCAGUGGUUACGGAAUCUAAAUGAUCACAAAUUAAGUCAUUAUUGUCACUAAGGGAGUUCAUUGAUGGCUGAUUUCCAAGCUAGAGAAAUACUUUAGAUGUCUUGUGUUUAUAAUUGUAUUAUGUUCUUGUGAUUAAAAAUAUAUAUUUAUUUAUGUGCUGAAAAUGAAUAUGUACAAUGUUUAAAAACAUUUUCAUAUAUUUGGUUCAAUAAAAUAAUCUUAUCUUAUCUUGUAUAUGUAGAUACUUUAUUCUGUUUUUUACUGCCAUUACUAUUUAAUAUAAUACAUAUUUCUGACUUCUAGGCUUUGCUGAUGCAGCCAUUGAUCCAAUAGAUUUCCCUACAGCUCCAGCAUUUGCCAUUCCAAAGGUGUGAUCUUAAAAUAUAAAUAUUCAAUAGAUCAGUAUUUAUCAAAACUCAUCAUAGAUUUUCCUCAAAUAUGUCUUUUGAUCAAAUUGUUGGCCUACUGUUCAUCUCUUUUAAACAUGCUUUCACUGCAUGAUAUUGAAAUUAAUUUUUGUAUUUCAUGACCAGCUGCAGAGUUAGCUAGGGUGUAAAUUUCUUAUGAGCUACGGUAAUAUUGGAAUUUUUUAAGAGAGAAUUUGAAACCUUCCAUUGCAUUUUGCAGUUAUUUGAGAAUAGCGGUGUCAAGAAAGAGGAUGUUGCCUUGUGGGAAAUCAAUGAAGCCUUCAGUGUUGUUGUUUUAGCCAAUGUUGAAAUGCUCAAACUGGACAUCAACAAAGUCAAUGUUCAUGGUGGGGCAGUCAGCAUUGGACAUCCUAUUGGGUAAGUGAUCAAAUUUUUACGCCGUUAAAAUAAAAAAUUAUUAUUUAUUGUACUGUUUUUUAAGAAGGCAUGGUUAGGAAAAUGUCUUACAUAUUUUUAUGAAACCAAAUAAUGAUAAAGUUUUUUCUUACUGAAAUCCACUGCAGCUCAGUCGGCCAAAUCAAUUAAUUUUAAUUGUCUCCUAUUUUUUGUUUUGUGUUUGUAGAUCUAAUGAUGAAUGAACAGGUUAUUUUGAAGAAUCUGAAACAUAACUCAAUACAGUGAAUACAUUUUUUGUUUGCUAUACUUACAGUAUGUCUGGUGCCCGCAUCACUGGCCACCUGGCACACCAUCUGAAAUCAGGUGAAUAUGGUGUAGCAAGUAUCUGUAAUGGUGGAGGUGGAGCAUCUGCCAUUUUGAUUCAGAAGUUGUAGUAAAAAAAAAAUUAUGUUUUAUGUGAAUGAGUGACUUUCAUUUGAGUGUGAAAUGUAUUCAAAGGUUGAUUAGCUCGGUCAGCAAGAUGUACUAUAAAAAGUUUCAAUUCUAUUGAAAAACUACUGCCCGUAUGUGCCAUUAUUACAAUCUAAAAGACCAAGCAGUGUCUUUCAAAAAUUUAGCCUGGUGAAAUGUAUGCUUUUAAAUACAAUUGGCCUACAAAAUUGUUACCAACAUUUUUAAUAUUUUAUGUUGACUUGUACAUAUAAAACUUGUAGAAUAUUUAAUGCAAAUAAAGUGCAUUUGAACUAAUA